CACAAGUGCAAGACAGUCGGCGCGCGUCCUUCGACAUGUUCGCGUAUCUUCUCCGAGAACUCGAAAGAAUUUUUGCUCCAAAAGCGUUAUCAUUAUUACAUGACGUAUUGCGUGAUCUUUCGAUUGUCCUUUUAAAUUUUAAAAUCCGAAUUUUAAGUGAAAUUAUAUUCGCACUUUUUUUUUACAUCAGAUUCAGUUUUUAGUUUCAGAGAAUAAAAGUGAGUUUAUCACCGGCGGCUGACUAAUUCAAGCUUAAACUACUGACGGGAAAAUACAAAACCAUAUAAAGCACAUUUCUAUCGACUACAAGCAUUGGAAUGAAAAUGUAGAAAUGAAAAUUCUGCUAGAGGAAAAAUGGACAACCUAAAUGCUGACAGCAACAAUACUCGAAUACUCGAAGAAUUCUGUAACAUUCAGUACAAACAUUUUGUGGCACCGCACGGAGAGCUCUGGUGUAAUCCGGUAUGGGACUCAUUGCUCUGUUGGCCACCAAUAAAAGCCUCUACCACGGCGAAACAGCGGUGCCCCUUUAUAGAUGGAUUCGAUACGACAAAAACCGUGGAGAAGAAAUGCGGUUACAACGGACGUUGGGAGGCACAAAACGGCACAAGCAUAAACGGGGAAUCGUUUAUCGGUUGGGCGAAUUAUACCACUUGUUUAACGCCAGAAAUGCUAUGGCUUCACUACAGAGUCUACAACAAUAAUGUCGAAGGAGAGAUGAAAAUGGAAAUAGCUGAGAAGACACGUACCUUGGAAUUUAUUGGUCUCAGUAUAUCUCUAGUAGCUUUACUUGCUUCCCUCGUGAUUUUCUGUCGAUUUAGGUCGUUGCGAAACACGAGGACAAGGAUUCACAAGAAUCUCUUCGUCGCCAUGGUAGUGCAGGUCCUAAUCCGAUUAACGUUGUACAUAGACAUCGCGAUCUAUCGUAGGAAACCACAUGGCAUGCAACGAGGAAUAGGAAAUACCCCGGUGCUGUGCGAAGCGAGUUACGUACUACUGGAAUACGUUAAGACUGCGAUGUUCAUGUGGAUGUUUAUUGAGGGACUGUUUCUGCACAACUUAGUAACCGUGACAGUCUUUCAAGAGACAUCUUAUUACCGCAUGUAUCGAUUCGUUGGUUGGGGAUGUCCAUUAUUAAUGACUUUAGCUUGGGCCAUCAUUAUGGCGUUUUAUUAUCAUCCAAAAUCAAAAUUUCUCAGAUGCUGGUCAGGUUAUAAUUUGUCGUCCUACUUUUGGAUUCUCGAAGGGCCCAGAUUCGCAGUUAUAUUGCUCAACUUUUUAUUUUUGCUGAACAUUAUAAGGGUACUCGUAGUGAAGCUACGGCAAAGUCACACAAGCGAGAUUGAACAGGUUCUGAAAGCCGUGAGAGCAGCCGUGGUACUCUUACCAUUAUUGGGCAUUACUAACGUACUGUUCAUGAUUAAAGUUCCAUUGGAUAACGUAAACAAGUUCGCCGUGUGGUCCUACUCUACGCAUUUCCUGAGAUCGUUUCAGGGUCUCUUCAUCGCGACGCUUUACUGCUUCCUUAACGGCGAAGUAAGACUAGCUUUGGAUAAAACUGUUGCCAUUCAUCUUUCUCUGAGAGGAAGCGAUUUGCAGACUAGGAGACGUUUGACUCUCAACGGCUGUCCGCCUCAACAAAUAACUUCAGUGAAUGAGAUAGAAAAGAAAAAAACGAGACUUACGGGGUGGAUGAGACUGUGCUGUCGUGGCGGAAAUAUCCCGCCACCAGAUCGGCCUAUUAGAAUAGAAGAGCAGAGAGAUGAAAAGAUUGAAUGCAUAUUUUCUCAAGGGCGGCAAUCUAAUCCUAGCAAGCGCAUGAAUUUCUCUACGUCCGGCAAACAGUCUUGCAGUAAAAUAAUUCCUUCAAUUGUGGAAUUGCCGAUGCUUCAUUCGGACAUUUCGGAUUUUCCUUUAACGCAAGUAGGCACAGCGCGCAUUACGUCACAGUGACCGAAAUAGAAUUUUCUCAUAAGAAAUCUGACUGUACAUUAAGUCUUAGAGAUCCUUCGAUAAAAGCGACAAAGUAGAUUAAAAAUGGCGGAUAGAAUAUAAUAUUUUCUUUCUUUCUCUCAUAAUUGCAUUCGUAAAAAGAAUGUUGAAACGAUGAUAUUACACCAUAAUGUUAUACGUAAUAAAAAAUUCAAACACGCAUUAAAAAUUAAUGAAAAUACGUUAACAUAUGUAUAUUUGAAUUCUGUAAAAGAAAUUACAGUUCUGUCAAACCAAUACGAAAUAUAAUUUAUUUAACAAAAUGUUUGUCGGUAAUACGUAUAACUCCAACAUCACCUUAAAUUACUUUGCGGGAUGUUUGUAUGUAUCUCUUAUUAUAAAAUAAAUUGCGUUUAAAAUUGAA